AUGGAGCAUGAGGCUAAACUGAAACACUUUGCAGAGCAAAAUAAAAGAUUUGCUCAAACAUUUCCAGAAAAGGCACCGAAGAAGGAUAAGGCCCCUCCUCCAUCCUCAAAGCCUGCGAAGUCUGGUGGAGGGAAGCAGAAGAAGAAGAAAUGGAGCAAGGGAAAGCAAAAGGAGAAGGUGAACAACAUGGUUUUUUUUGACCAGGCAACGUAUGACAAGCUUCUUUUGGAGGUUCCCAAGUACAAGCUUGUUACUCCUUCAAUCCUAUCUGACAGACUGAGAAUCAAUGGGUCAUUGGCACGUUGUGCAAUUAAUGAUUUGAUGGCAAGAGGUUCUAUCCGGAUGAUAUCAGCUCAUGCUAGCCAGCAGAUUUACACAAGAGCCACCAAUACCUAGAGGAAGAAAACCAUAUUCUCACUGUGUCAUGGAUAGAUAGGUUGUUUCCAUCUUUUACGUUAGGAAACCGUUAUGCUGAUGAGUCUAAUUUUUCCCCAUAAAUUUUGAUCUUCAUGCUUGUUAUUUUGAUGGAGGAAACCAUUUUUGUUUUUGUGCUAAUUAAAAUUGUUCAAUUGUGUUUUUUACUGGCACAAAUGAAAGUUGUUGAAAUGAUAUUUUAUUGAUUAAGCCAACAACCUUCUUAUUUCCUUA